AUGUCAGAUCUGUUCGUCGUCGAUGAUACGAAGAAAAGACGAGGUGGUGUUGCGAGGAUCAAAUCGAGGAAUUUAAGGUUCUCGAGCUUUGCAGAGUCGGUGAUGGAUACGAAGGAAGAUGACGAAGACGAAGAAGAAGAAGAACAUGAUGACGAUGACGAUGAAAUUAAGGUUUCUGAUGAGGUGUUUGUGCGAAAUGAAGUUGAUGAUGAUGAAAUUGAAGAAGAAGGGUAUCUGAAGACGACGAAGAAGAAGAACAGAUCGUCUUCUUUCCGUUACCAGUCGUGUUUUACAGACGAGACCCAUGAUGGAGCUUACUAUGACGACAGGGAUGGUGGCUGUUCGGAGACGGUCGAUGGCAACAGCAGCAGGCAGCAACAGUGGUGUCAGAGCUCCACAGUAACAACGACGGUGGGCGGUGAUGGCAGCUUUGCUGCUUCCACUUCCUGUUCUGACGAGCUCGAUGAGGAUGGAGGCGAACGGAGCUGGGUACAAUGGAGGGAAGAAUAG